GAUAUAUCUCGCUGGAGAGAUAUGAACUCGUUUGCCGCACUUGGCAUCCGACGAUAAAACAAAGCGCAACAAGUGAAGAUGAAGCGUUUCUCAAGUGACUCGUUCAUUUCAAAACGCUUCCUUCUCGCAAUCUCUAUACUAUAUAUAUAUGCACGCGGUCGCGCUUCUGGGAAGGCCGCUCGAUUUGUGCCGGAGAUUUCCCUGCCGCCGUAAUGUGAUAAUCGCCACGUUCACUCGCACUACGUGUGUUCACGGCCGCGCAUGGUCAUGCCGCCAGGCUUCUCUCCUUUUUUUUUUUUUCUGUUUUGCCCCCUCGCGACCUAUCUCCCUUCCUGUAGCCCGGCCCACAGCGGGAGCGCCUCCUGAAGGUGGGUCUUUCCUGCAUGACGCGAUAUCGCCAGUUUCUCUUCCUUUGUUUCGUUUUUUUUUUUACUCGUUUUCUCUGUUGGCCUAAUAGUAUUGUGACGUCAUUGCGAUGUGCGUAGCGCCUCCCGUAACAGUGGCACAAAGAAAAAGGAGAAGCAGAAAUGGCGAGGAGGGCGCUGGAGUAACAAAGAGAAAAAAGAAAGAAAAAGUGCGAGCGACGUCCGUGUACCACGUGGUCUGCCGAGCGCGCCGUCGCGCGUCGUACCGAAAGCGGCAGCUGCUGUUUCUUGCCUGUUGCUCGUUCGACCGUCGUCGCUGCUGCGUUUGUCCGCCGUGGGGAGACGAGGAAUAACCUUGCUCUACGUGACAUGCACAGCAAAUUUGCGUAGCGCUUAGCUAAUCCUUCGUUGUUUCGGUUCCGGCGCGAAGCGAAGGUGCGUCGUCUGCUCCAUACCGGCAUCGUCUGCUAAGUGCGAGAACUGUCGUCCGAUUGCUGCCUGCGCUUGUUGCAUCACUCACCUCCACUUCCAACACCGAACGGCGCCGUCGGGACCGGAGGUGCCGGAUCGGCGGGAGCACUUAUUGUCGGCUGCCCAAAGUUCGCGCGCAGGAUGGACUACCUGAGGGACCCGAGGAUCUGCAAGAACCUGGCGUUCAGCGCCCGUGACCGGGACAACAUGUCCCUGCGCGGCCUGAUCCCGCCGGCGGUGCGCUCCGUGGAGACCGAGCUGCAGGCGGUCAUGGACAACAUCAAGCUCUACGAGUCCGGACUCGCCAAGUACCUGUACCUGCGGGAGCUGCACGACUACAACGAGAAGCUGUUCUUCCGCGUGCUGAAGGAGUACACCGAGGAGCUGAUGCCGCUGGUGUACACGCCCGUGGUGGGCGAGGCGUGCCUCAAGUACAGCCUCAUCUUCCGCCGUCCCAAGGGGCUCUUCCUGACGGCGCAGGAUGCCGGCAAGCUGUACGACGUGCUCGGCAACUGGCCCGAGAAGCAGGUCGACGCCAUCGUAGUGACGGACGGCGAGCGCAUCCUGGGUCUGGGCGACCUAGGCGCCAACGGCAUGGGCAUCCCCGUCGGCAAGCUCGCCCUGUACACGGCGUUGGCCGGCAUACCGCCCGAGCGGACGCUGCCCGUUAUGCUGGACCUCGGCACCAACAACGAGAUUCUGCUGGCCGACCCGUACUACAUCGGUUUGCGCCAGAAGAGGAUCCGUGGCGCCCAGUACGACGACUUCGUGGACGAGUUCAUGCAGGCGGCGGUGAAGAGGUUCGGAAAGAACUGCCUGAUCCAGUUCGAAGAUUUUGGCAACCGAAACGCGUUCAAGCUGCUCGGAAAAUAUAAGAACAGCUACUGUACCUUCAACGACGACAUUCAAGGCACCGCAUCGGUGGCGGUGGCCGGUCUCCUGGCCAGCAUGCGCAUCACCAAGACACCUCUGUCCGCCAACAAGUUCCUCUUCAUGGGCGCCGGAGAGGCUUCCCUGGGAAUCGCCGAGCUACUGGUCAUGGCCAUGGUCACAGAAGGCACCAGCGAUGCAGAUGCGAGAAACAGCAUCUGGAUGCUCGACUCCAGAGGUCUUAUCGUCAAGGACCGCGCCCCGAACGGUGACAGCACGCAGUCUCACAAGGAGAAGUUCGCCAAGGACGUGAAGCAGAUGAACAACCUGCUCGACAUCGUCAAAUUCGUCAAGCCCACCGUUCUCAUCGGCGCGUCUGCGCAGAGCAACGCAUUCAACAAGGAGAUCCUGGAAUGCAUGUGCGCCAACGCCGAGCGACCCGUGGUGUUCGCGCUGAGCAACCCGACGCACAAGGCCGAGUGCACUGCCGACGCCGCGUACACGUACACCGACGGCAAGUGCGUGUUCGCCAGCGGCAGCCCGUUCCCGCCGUUCAAGUACAAGGGCAAGACCUACUACCCGGGACAGGGCAACAACGCGUACAUCUUCCCUGGGAUCGCCCUCGCCGUGUCUGCCUGCGGCGUCACCACCAUCGGCGACGAGGUGUUCCUCAUCGCCGCCAAGACAGUGGCCAACACCGUGACGGAGCAGAACCUGAACGAAGGGCGCGUCUACCCGCCCCUCUCGGACAUCCACGACGUGUCGCUCAACAUCGCCGCCGAACUGGCGGCCCACUUCUACGCCACCGGGGUGGCAACCGUCAAGCCGGAGCCCAAGGACAAGAUGGCGUUUUUGCAGAGCAAGCAGUACGACUUCAGCUACCCCGGCACCGUCAAGGUCAAGUAGACGAUGACGACGGCUACGGCGCGCACACCAUUCUCCUUGUUGUUUUCGCUGUCAUCGUUCCCUGUGUGUGUGGAAGCCAUCGUCGCGUCUGCAAGCGUGCGCGCGUCCUUCGAGCACGCGUGCACUGCACGAUAAUGAAUUAUUUAGAUCAAUAUUGUAUGUUGUACUUGGUGGCAAUGCGGACGAGAAUUAUAGGAGCCGGAAAGAGCUAAUCGUAUUAGUUAUGGCAUCAUUGCUUAGGUGUUGCCUUGCUGGAUGUAAAAAUAGGAACAAAAAAAAAUACCAAGUCGAGCACAGUAGACCUGUCUGGGCUUGAAAAAAAAAAAGUACGUCGCGCUGCUACGACGUUUUUGUCUCGACGUCCUAAGACCUAGAUUACAGUUUGUCCUAUUUCAGUGAUGUUGGCCCAGUGCACCUAUGCCUUUAAUUUGUUACUUGCUGCGACUGGCGACUUAAAGCAGGGUUCGUAGACUACAGCUCAUGACCCAUCGUGGAGCUGUUUACGAGCUUACCACACAUUAUUUUAGUGAAGUGUGAAACACGUUGUCAUCAUUUGCACAGCGUUGUGGCUAUAGAGCGGUCUGGUGACUGGUCUACCAAGUGAUCGUACGUAUCAGUACAUCUGCGGAGACGACGUCGGUUUGCGUAGCCCGAAAAGGUGGUGUGGGGUGAGCGCUUUAAAUGUGAAGAGAAAGAUCGAACAAAUCAGAAACAUCAUUUUGUGUCUAUGUGGCGAGCCCUCCCCCCUCCCCCCCCCCCCCCAGCACCCCCACUCCGCAAGUAAAUGGAGCUUACGGAAUACUGCCGGUGUCUAUUUUCUUUUCUAUUUUGAAAGCGCCGAUUGUUUGACAACUUCUUUCGUGGUGGCGCUGCGUAGUCGCCAUUAAAAUAUAGUUGACCGGCAGACCCUACAAGGCUAUCCAAUUGGUGUAGGGCCGGCGCAGUUUGUUUUCUCGGUUAACUUUCUAUCAUGCAAUCAUAGACUGAAUUUGCGAAGGACGCCAGCUGUGUCGCAGUACUCCAUUUUUUUUUAUUUUUUUUACACAAGGAGAACGGCGUGCUUGGAAAAUUGGACUUGCUGUACUCGCGGUAAUUACGUUCUGUAUCGCAGGCUGUUCAGAGCUCAUCCUUUGGUAUUUGCCAUUGGGGUCAAUCACUCUUGUACGAAAUUCCAGAGCCAGCUUUAACGAUAGUUUUCGGGAUGGAUUGGCGACCUCUGCUUAUACCUGCCUAGAUCUGCGCUCGCUAUGUAACUUCAAUUUCACCCGAGAGAACUGGGCCGUUUGUUUCAGGAAAUUUCAAAACCAUUGUUUGACUACAGUCUUGUUUCCGGAUGCAGAAAUUAGCGCUCUUUAAGGAUUUGUAAGAACCAGCAGUUCCAUACCGUGUUAUAGACAAAUAGCUAGCUUAAUGUGACAUGCAGGUUAUGAUAAUGCCGCGUUGUCAUGAGAUGGGGUCAUCGAAGGCGCACCGAAAAAUCGGCUGUGCCUUGAGAGGCACACAUCGUUCGAAAUUGUCGUUUCUCGCUGCAAACCUGAGCCUCUGGAUGGCGAGUUCUUACGCCCUACUUUAGCAGCGCUUAUAUUAUUUUUAUCUUUUUUUUUAUUGCUUUCACACAGUAUUUAUUGCAACCCCAAGUUCGAGUUCGGCAAUAGUGAAGAAUGAAUCUCGAAGUGCGUCAUGCAUCCAUUUCAAACCUCUAAGCUAUUUGACCAGUCUGGCGCGCCUUUAUAUUAAGAGGAAUUCCUAGCGGUACUGGCACACACAAAAUCACGCCGCGAAAUGAACUUUCUGUUUUGGUUUUUCUUCGAGUGUUGUUUCCGGGUCGCUUGUUUCACUUAGCUCGUAUGCAAGGGUAAAAUUGUGGAGUACUUCUUCUUCGAUAGAUGUCAAUUUGCGGAAUACAUUUCAGUUCCUCCACGCUUUUCAGAAAUCACGAAAACUGAGCUUACACACAGAAUGGCCGCAUUUUUUUUUUUUUUUAUAUUGCGGAGCAAAGGUUUUCGACACCUGUUAAUUUAUUUUGUAUUGCCUUGAGUUACUUUGGUAACGCAUGUCAGCUGCCUUUCUUUUUUUCAGUUUUAGUUUGAAGUCUCAAUCCCUCUGUCGAUAGCGUGUCUAUCAGGUUUGCCUAUGACCUAUGUCAGUGGUAAAUAUCUACUUACAGAAUACAAGGCCGUCGUUGUCCUUAUUGAACUAUCGGAAUUUCCAUGUUUUCCUUGCGCUUGCGCACUUAAUUUCGUUUUUACAACUGAAACAUCUGAAGAAGGUCGUGGGUCGUCUUAGCUUGACUGCGCUUUUCUAUCCGAAUAUUUGCGAAAGGAUGAAUUUUUAUGUUUAAGUAUGUCGAAGCAUUUCUUUCGUGUUAUUCUUGCGAGGACCAAUAAUUAUGAUUCAUGCACGCAGCGGCAUUGACGUUGCACUGCGGGCAGACCAAGAAAGUGCUACGAAGGGGCGUUGUGGCGAAAAAUUUAAUGAAUUGGAACGCCGCCCCCGCAUACAUCUUCAAAGAGAGAGACACGGGAAAUUUUUUUUUUUUAGGUGACCCAGUUUUAUGCGAUGUUAUCUAACAACACUGGCUCCAUCACAAGGUCCGAAUUCCAGGCAUACAAAGAACAAAAAAAAAAAAAAAAAAGCGUCGUUCACAACCCAAAACCGGGGAGUGCGCGUCGGAGUCAGACCAGCUAAACGCGCAUGGCCUUCAGUGCAAACCUUUAUUUAGACGAUACUUUGUUGUUUUGCGAUUCGGCCUUUCCGUUCCGCCUUCUAUCGUGGACAUAUUGUUUACAGUAUGUCUUGUUGAUUGGUUUGUUUUUAUGUAACCUGAAACGCAAUGCUUAGUGAAUGUGGUUGUGACGGGCUUAGGGAAAAAAACAAUGAAUGUUGUUCCCUAAACUAUAACAACGCUUAUACGCAGCAGGUUAAAGUAUUUAGUAAAGCUAUGUAGUCAUAUUUAUCUUAGUGGCCGCAUGGAUGAAGGCGUGUGUUACGGCAUGUUUUGCUGCUUUGCAAAUGACAUAUAAAACGAAGUAAUGGAAUUUCGAACUCGAGGUGUCUUGAAAGAUAAAUGUGGGGAUAUGUCCAUAGUCGUUGCUUUUGGUUUCAAUUUUAUUCAAGACAUUGGAUGUUAUGCCAUCUUACCUAACGAACUGUCGCUUCUGUUGGGAAAAAUUUGAAAUGUACGUGCGCAGAAAGCUGGCUAUUGUGACAAGAUUGCCGUAUCGAAGGUGUCGUGUCUGUGAUUUGGUUUCUGUCGGUUGGCAUAGCUAGUUGAAGAAUUUCCAGUCAGUGACACUAACAACCUGGUAUUGGCUUUUAGAAGGUGUGUGAAGCCGAUCAAAGUUUGGUUGACGUCAUUUCCCGCAAAUUAUGUUGGAAAUAAGAUCUUAAUGCAGCCUACAUGAAAAUAAUUGACUCGCAAGUGUCGACAAAUUUCAGUGCCCCAUGUCGCAUCUAUCACCAAAUAUUCCCGCGUUAUUUUCUGUCAUCAAACGCUUAUGCGUCCAAGAGAUAUAAAUAGAUCUCGCAAGAUAAACCCUAAAGUGGCGGUUGUACAAGUGCAGCAAAAGCAACAAGAACAACAACAACAACAACAAAAAAGAACGCCAAUGCUUCGCCAACAGGACACUGGAGUAAUGUCGUCGUGGUUUUUUUCGUGCUGCAGUGUUUGAAGUCCCAGCUUCUUUUUUUUUUUUUUUUUCGCCUUGCGUAUUUUUUUCUUUUUCUUUGUGCUCCUUUUGUUGCCAGAGAUGUGAUAAUUCCAGCUGUUAAGCCGUAUAUUGUAGCGAUUCUCAGCAAGUUGAAAUUAUUUACACGCGCUGAAGCUGCCGUAGUGUUAUUUAUUCUAGAACCUCAGUGUUGUUACACAACGAUCUUUGGCUUGUCACAAUUCACCGCUAUAUUUGAAGCUCCUGGGAAUAUAAGUGAGGAAUGAAUAGUUUGGGCGUACGUGGCUAUUUCACUUUCCCGGCGUGCAGUAUGCACACGAGGGGAGAAUUUAAACGGUGCGCAUCAAUGUUUCCCCUGUGGCACAAAAGCAACCAUGACGCCAAAACAUGUGGAAGACCGCCGUCUUAAUGUACGCGUAACAUUUACCGGAUCAGCUACUGUAUGCGCCUGCGCAGUUCUGACUGUUGGAAAAAGAAACAUAACAAUCAUAAGGCAAGAUACUACACUCUAUGUUUUUAAUGUCUUCGCCUGGCACAAACAGAAACAUACGCUGUGGAGCGCCUACGCGAAAGCUCUCAGUUAACUUCUUUAUCUCAGUAUAGUUUACUGAUAUAUCAGACAUAUGUGGUUUGGAGUUCUUUAUAUAUAUAUAUAUAUAUAUAUAUAUAUAUAUAUAUAUAUAUAUAUAUAUAUAUAUAUAUAUAUAUAUAUUGCGUCGGCGUGUAUUUAGACGCCAAGGUAUUAGACUUACCAUGUCUUGCCUUGUGUGCAAUAGACGUGAAUGCACUCCUGCCAGUGUUAAGAGGAAACGUUGCGCGGUGUAUUUAUUGCAGUGUUUAUAUAUCGUUGCUUCCCGGUAAGAGUAAUGUAGCACACCCACAUACAAGUGCAAAUCGUGCACGAACACAGCCUGUGUCAUCCCUGUCUAGAUCGCAGUGGUGGUAUGCCUCGUUGCGUUUCUGCGCAGACCACCGGAGGGCGCUGCUGACGUAAGAAAGAACGCUACUGCUCGUGGUGAGCGUGAGCUGCCGAGUGGAAAGACUGCGGCGUUCGCAUUCGCGCAUCUCGCUUAAUUUUUUUUUUUUUUGGUUGCUUUGCGUCACUCUCCCAUUUAUAGAAUGACGUCACCCCGUAUUUCGAAAAGAACCCCAGCAGUUAAACAGUUUCUUAAGUAAGGGUGACAGAGAGAACAGUGGCGUUAGCGUCCGGGAGAGCCGCUCGGGUGGCAGUUCCGAAAAUGCAGGAAUAAUGGGGCAAUGCAUCGGUUUCUCUAGCCGUCGCCUUUGUGGCAUCGGACGUCAUUUUGUUUUGUAGUAAACCUCUUGAGUCGUCUACUUGUCGUAAUUUCUUCUAUGGAAAUCAUUACAGUAAUUUAGCAUCCAAGCGCGUCGUUGCGGACAGUGAUCAUACCCUUAUCAGAACAUUGCAAAGAAAGAUUCUCUAAAUACAAAAAAGAAUGAUAACGAACGGUGAGCGCAAGUGUCCAAAUUUACUUUACAUUUAAUGACACAUGUGCUCUAAACGCUAGUCACAUCGUGUGCCGAAAACUUCCCGGUAGCUGCAUUAGUCCUGAACGUUAAACGCUUGAAUACAGUGAACAAAAGUCGCGAGGAAAGCACGCUGACAGUGUUGAACCUCGAAAAAAAAAAGUCAAUAUGUGCAGCUUCAAUAAACGCUUUCCAAGUCGUCUAUGCACUAGACCACGAAUACCGCGGAGGCCGACCGUUCGCGACGCCAGUUUUCAGGCUAGAAACCGUUGUUUGAAAAUUUAGCCCAGCGAAUCGAAGGCAGCCGUUUAUCGUCUUCGUUGCGUGCCAGGAUACGCAACUGUGAGUGGCUCGCCGGUUUCACAGUGCGUGCCCAGCUGCAAAGCUGUACUGCCCCAGCCGGUGGCGCAGUAUACCCCGCUGCUGCCCUCGUUCUAGCCAGGGGUGACGACGGCUGAGUGUAGAUGGAUAUACAAGAACGAUUUCUGUGAUGCUUGUUACUUAUGCGAAGAGUGAGAUCUGUGUGCUUUCGAUGUGUCGUCUAUUGUGGGCGCUUUCAACGGUGUGUGCAUCGUACUUUUUUUUUGACAACGCACAUUAAUUGUCCUGCUUGCUGGCCCGUGAACGCGUGUUGUGUCCUUGGUACAUUGUCACUCGGAUUAUGUGAUCAUGCAUGCAUGCACGGCAGUAUUCUUCGCGAAGCAGAGGAUCUUCGAGGCCAGCAGAAGCGAGUACUCUUUAUGGAGCACCUCAAUAAAGAAUAAUAAUAAAAAGAAA